AUCAAAGAUGAAGCUCCAGAGCAUCGUUCUUGUGACUCUAGCAUCAGUCCUAGCAGUACAGGCUGUACCGCACUUUAGACCUGAACAUUACCAAAGGAUUGAUCACAGACGUGAACAUCACAACCACCAUGAACAGUGGAGGCACGCUCCAGAAGAUCACCAUGCAAAGAUAGUCCCAUAUGUAGAAGAAGACCCGUCGUCUCCCCCACCACCACCAAGCGAUGGACCAUCCCCACCUAGUGACGGACCAUCGCCACCAUCCCCACCACCACCACCACCAAGUGACGAGCCUAUCGUUAAAGACGAUCCAUCUUCACCACCACCACCACCAAGCGAUGGACCAUCCCCACCAAGUGACGGACCAUCGCCACCAUCCCCACCACCACCACCACCAAGUGACGAGCCUAUCGUUAAAGAUGAUCCAUCUUCACCACCACCACCACCAAGCGAUGGACCAUCCCCACCACCACCACCAAGCGACGGACCAUCCCCACCAAGUGACGGACCAUCCCCACCACCACCACCAAGUGACGAGCCUAUCGUCAAAGACGAUCCAUCUUCACCCCCACCACCACCAAGUGACGGACCAUCCCCACCACCACCACCAAGUGACGGACCAUCCCCACCACCACCACCAAGUGACGAGCCUCUCGUCAAAGACGAUCCAUCUUCACCCCCACCACCACCAAGCGAUGGACCAUCCCCACCACCACCACCAAGCGACGGACCAUCUCCACCACCACCACCAACUGAUGAGCCUUCUUUGGCUCCAGAAAGUCAUUCCUGGUUUAAAUCUGUAAAAGGUUUCUUCCAUCUGUAAUGAAGGAACAUGUUUUUAAUGUAUAAUGUAUAUUAUAACAUUUUUCGUCUACAUUAAAUUUGCUGCGUAUUGAAAAA